AUGAGCUGUGCCAUUGUGUGUGGCUUUCAUGUGGAAAUCCAUUUAACUCAAAGGAAGGCAACAAAGAGGAGAAACCUUAUGAUGAGGUCCUCCGAGGAGCACAUCAGCCACGCCUACCACCUGCUGAUGACGCGGCUGCGGGAGGAACACGCCGAGAUGCGCUUCUCGGCCUUCCUGAUCCUGCAGGAGCUGUUCACCCGCUCCCAUCCCUUCCGGACGCGGGUCAUUUCCAACUUCCAGGAGUUCCUGGAGCUGACCGUGGGGAUAGACCACGAGCAGCCUCUUCCCCCGCCCAGAGAAGUGGCGCAGAAGCUGCGGAAAGCUGCCCUGAGGUCGGUGCAAGAGUGGCAUGAGAAGUACGGGGAGGCCUACAAGCAGCUUUCCCUGGGAUACCACUUCCUAAGGCAGAAUAAGAAGGUAGAUUUCCAAGAUGUGCAUGCCAGAACUGUGGCUGAAAGGAGGAGGGAGGAAGAGAAGCAAAAACGAUUGGAUACCAUUUACAAAGAAAAAGCCAAAAGAGCUGAAAAAGAAAUGGAAGAAAUGUCCCAGGAGGUUGCCAACACACUGACAGAGAUGGAAAACUGUUUCCAGCUUCUGAUUCCAGAUCUUUUUGACUUCACUGUGAAUGACACAGAACUGGCACCCAGCAAACAAAUGACUUCUAAUGAGGAUAGAUCUGCAUCUCCCCUGCCAUCCCAGAUGGAAGCUAACCAGUCCUUCUUUGGAUAUGUGGAUGAUGAACAGCCAUGCUGCAGCAAGGACAUUGUUUCUCAGUGUGCCAGAACUGAUAAAAGCAAGGAGUUAGAUGGGAAACCUGAGCAGAAAGAACCAGAUGGAGGCACAUGCUUGGAAGUCCAAUCUGAGGUCCCUGCUCCCUGUGAUGAUGAUUACCAGACUUUUGUUAGGAGCCAUGGGCUCAUUUCACAUAAGUAUACUCUAGACCUUGACAUCUCCACAGAUAUAAAAGUGCAAGAGGAUGAAGAUAAUACUGCCAUAAUAAAUAAUAUCAUGGAUGCUCACAGACUCCUUAAAAAUAAGUUCUGGCCUUCUGUGCAGUCCUGGAUUCAGUUAUUUACCAAAGCAGGAGUAAAUGAUGAUCGACUCAGAUGUGCCAUUGAUCUCAAGAAUAAAAUGGAGACUGCUAUGAAGAAAUACAAGGAAAUGAACAUUUCCUUUAAAGAGAGAAAAAGAAAAGUGAUGAAAGCCUCAGAUGACGAUGACGAUGAGGAGGAUGAAGAUGAAUUUGUGGAGGUCCCUGAGAAGGAAGGUUAUGAGCCCCACAUUCCAGACCACCUGCGUAAGGAAUAUGGUCUAGAACCACAGUCACCUCCAAAAGCACCAGCAGCGAAGACGACAACAGGACCAGCUCCGCUGAGCUCCCGCACCCACCUGAAAGGGAAUGAAGAUGAACUUGAUCCAACCUGUGCAGCUGCCACAUUGAAACUUAUUAGAGACAAACUACCCAAGUUACCACCUCCACAUGCCAGUGACUCUGCAAGUACUGAGCCAGCAGCCUUGGAAGAGCCUGACAGUAAGAGGAGAAAACUGGAAGAAGAAAGAGCUAAAGCUCCCCUCAUGCCUUUUGGAUUAGACCUUCACUACUGGGGACAGGAUCAGCCAAGUGCUGGGAAGAUUCUCAAAUUUACUUCUGAGCAUCGAUUCUGGGCACCCAGUGAAGUAGAGGAAGAGGUGGAAAAUAAAGAAAUAACCGAAAUGUUAAAAACUAGAUAUAUAACAUUUGCUGGCAAGUUUGAACCAGUGCAACACAAAUGUCGAGCCCCGAUGCCCGAUGGAAGCCUGUGUGAAAGACAAGAUCGGAUUAAGUGCCCUUUCCAUGGAAAGAUAAUUCCUCGGGAUGAAUCUGGGAUUCCUGUUAAUGCAGAGGACAGAGCCAGAGAAGAAAACAUGAAGUUUGAGAAGCAAGCAGCUCAGCCAGAGUGGAGAGAUCCAGAAUUUAUGAGAGAAGUUGAAGCAGCCACAGGACUUGAUCUUGGUUCAUCUAAAAGUAAUGGAAAAGGAGGGAAAAAGAAAGGGAAGAAGAAAAAAUACCCCAACCUGACAGACCUGAAGCAGCAGGCUAAUACUUCUCGUUCCCGGCUUGAGAAGAAGGUUUUCAAUAAAGGUGCAAUGAAACGGGUGGUGAAAGCAAUGAACAGAGUGGACCAAAGAAAACAUGAGAAGUUUGCCAACCAGUUUAACUAUGCACUGAAUUAACUGUACUAAAAUGAAGGGCAAAGAAGAUUAUCAAGAGUGCAAGUGCACAAAACCUUGAUCACAGAUCUUCAUAAUUGAAGUACUAUGCCAAGUGCAUUUUCACUGGGAUAAUUUUUAAAUUG